AUGUCUGGAAUUGUGAAUGAUGGUAUGGAUAAAGGUUCAAUAAUGGACUCAGAAGACCGAACAGAAAGUAUUGUUGAUAUCUACGCCAGUGCAGAGGCUGUAAGAGACAUGAAACAUAAGAAAGAGACAGAAGACUUCAACACAGAAGAACCCCGAACACCUCGACACAGAGAAGACUUCAACACAGAAGAAUGCCAAACACCUCGACACAGAGAAGACUUCAACACAGAGGAACCCCGAACACCUCGACACACAGAAGACUUCAACACAGAAGAAUGCCAAACACCUCAACACACAGUCAUAGUGUUGUGUGUCCUCAUCUAUACAAAGAGCACAAACUACGCUCAAGAGAGACAACAGCUGCAGACUAAGAUCAACAACCUUACAGAGGAAAGAAAACAGCUACUAACCAACAAUAUGAACCUCACUCAAGAGAGACAACAGCUGCAGACUAAGAUCACCAACCUCACAGAAGAGAGAGACCAGUUGAAAUCAGAAAGAAAAGAUCUUCUGAAGAAGUUUGCAGAUGGAUGGAAGUGCCAUCAAUCCAGUCUUUACUUCAUUUCCUCUGAGACGAAAAACUGGAAUGAGAGCAGAAGAUACUGUAGAGAGAGAGAAACAGAUCUGAUCAUCAUCAACAACACAGAGGAACAAGAUUUUGUGGGGAACAUUUCUGGGGGUUCUGGUCAUUUCUGGAUUGGUUUGACUGAUAUUGAAGAGGAGGGCAGAUGGAAAUGGGUUGAUGGCAGCAACAGCAGCAUCACCUCUGGGUUCUGGGCAUCUGGAGAGCCAAACAGCAAAGGAAAUGAGGACUGUGCUCUGAAUUAUUCACCAGGAUGGGCUGAUUUUCCAUGUGAUUAUAUGUUUAAAUGGAUCUGUGAGAAGAACAUUUUUAAAUGA